UCAUCUUCCUUCUUCUUUCCGUUUGGAAUCAGUUGCACCGUGCUUGUUCUCUCCGGAGCUAAGGCCGUAUCGGCGACUUGCACAAAUUUUAUUAGGCAUCCAUCCUAAUAUUUCCACAAAACUCAACCAUGAGCACCGGGUCUGAAUUGGCGUGCGUUUAUUCCGCCCUGAUUUUGGCUGACGACGAUGUCGCAGUCACGGGUGAGAAGAUCCAGACCAUCCUCAAGGCUGCGUCUGUUGAUGUAGACCCCUACUGGCCUGGUCUCUUCGCCAAGGCCCUGGAGGGUAUCAACAUCAAGGACCUCAUCACCAACGUCGGUGCUGGUGUUGGUGCUGCUCCCGCUGGUGGCGCUGCCCCCGCCGCAGCUGCCGCCGGAGGUGCUCCUGAGGAAAAGAAAAAGGAGGAGAAGAAGAAGGUCGAAAGCGACCCUGAGACUGACGAUGACAUGGGCUUCGGUCUCUUCGACUAGACUUCAUUCCUGUUUUCUAUACAUGUACAGUUUUAUGUGCAAUUAAACUUAUAAAAACAUCAA